CGCGCGGUAAAGUGGCAUGUACGAUGUACGACGUCGGCACCACUCGUAUACAAAAUUGUAUAUCGUACUACAUCGUAUCUACGAAUCUACGUCGUUGGUUGGCGGUUGUAGAACUUCUUGAGUUUGCGGUGACCGACACGUGUCUCGAUAACAAUCGUCAGACACAUUAUUAAAAAUGAAAAAACUUGGGGGCCUUCCGUUAUCGGCUUUCGUCGCCCAUUCAAGGAAACGCAAAAAUUCUGAAAGUACAUCAACAGUGAAAUUACCGAAGAAAAAACAUGCUCGUUGUGUUACGUCGGUGAAAAAUCGACGCUUAGAAUUAAACGGUUCGAUGGAAGUUGGCAUGAAAGCGAAAUUGAACAAAAAAAACAAUAAACGUCGCAAAAAAAAGUUGAUGAAUGGGAAUGUCAUGGUUUCGCAGGCCGAGACUGGAGAAAUUCAGUGCGAAACAAUGGAAAUGGAACAAUUAGACGAUACACCGAGUUCACAAGAACUUGGAGUCUUGGACACAGAAAUGAAUUCAAGUCUGAUAGCUUCUGAUGUUGAAGCAAAUUCGUCUACCCUUGUUCAGCCUCCGAUAAAAAAAAAUGAGAAAUCAUCCAAAAAAAAUGUACCAACAAGUGCAAAAAUUAAAAAUGAACAUGUUGGCAAAUCUGAGACUCCUCAGAAAGCUACAAUACAUAAGGGAUUGAAUAACAAUCCCACAGAAGAGGCAAAGUCACUCUUUCAAUGGCUCAUUCAUCCUGUUUCCGUGGAAAACUUUUUCAAAGAAAAUUGGGAAAGAGCACCGUUGCAAAUAAAAAGAAGCAAAAUAAAUUAUUACAAGCUUCUCAUGUCAACUCCGAUGAUGGACAAUAUACUCAGAAGCUUCCAUAUUCUCUACACUAAAAAUAUCGAUAUAACAUCGUAUACGGAUGGCGAGAGAGAAACGUUCAAUCCUCCUGGACGAGCAUUGCCAAGCGUUGUAUGGGAUUAUUAUUCCAAUGGCUGUUCCAUCAGAAUGUUGAAUCCUCAAACUUUUAUACCAAAGCUACAUGCUUUGAAUGCUACGUUGCAAGAAUUUUUUGGCUGUUUCGUCGGAGCAAAUUCUUAUUUAACACCACCCGACAGCCAGGGAUUCGCACCUCAUUACGACGACAUAGAAGCCUUUAUAUUGCAGAUCGAAGGUAAAAAACGAUGGCGACUUUACAAACCAACGACGGAAAAAGAGUAUUUGCCGCGUUAUUCAUCGAAAAACUUUGAUCCAUCGGAAAUCGGCGAACCGAUUCUCGACACUGUAAUAAAUGCUGGAGAUUUGUUGUACUUCCCGAGGGGAACUAUUCACCAAGGAGAAACGAUUGACGGAAUGCACAGUCUUCACAUUACGCUAAGCGUUUACCAGAAAAACAGUUGGUGCGAUUUUCUCGAGAAACUAAUUCCCGAUGCUCUGAAAACUGCAGUCGACACAGAUUCACGAUUUCGAGAAGGUCUCCCCAUCGAUUAUCUCAGAAACGUCGGAUUCGUUCAUUCCACUAAUGAGAAUGAUGCACGAAAGAAUUUUGCUGAAAAAACGAAAGAUUUGCUCCACCGAUUAAUCGAUCAUAUCGAUAUCGACAAAAUAGCUGAUCAAAUGGCCAAAGAAAAUAUUCACGAUUUUCUGCCACCGGUUCUUGCACCUGAGGAACAAAAUUGCUCGGUUCUCAAAGACGGAGAGAAAAUGAUUGCCGAAGGAUUAGUCACGAAUCGAAUCGAGAUUGAACCCGACACGAGAAUUAGACUGUUGAGAUCGCAUUGCAUCAGACUCGUUGAAGAAGAAGUCUGCAUGAGAAUUUAUUACUCGACUGAGAAUUCGAAAGAGUAUCACGAGUACGAGCUCCAGUUUCUCGAGGUGGAAAAAAAGCUCGCUCCAGCGAUUCAUGAAAUCAUUAAACGCUAUCCCGAUUUCAUCAAGGUUGAGGAUUUGCCGAUCGAAGGAGAAGACAACAAAGUCCAAGUAGUGAGGGACCUCUGGGAAAAAUGUAUUGUCGUGACCGAUGUUCGAUUGCCUGUGAUCCGUUGAUUUAAUCCGGAAUCUUGACAGUUCGUUAUUUCAUUAAAGUGCAAAAUACAUAAAUAUUAUUUAUAAGUUCAUAAGUAAACUCAUGUAUAUAAAAGUUUAUCUUUUUCAAAUAUUCUA